GAGAGUCAGGCAGGAACAGGUGGCCUCCUCCUCAACUGUGCAAGCUCGGCCGGCUUCCUGCUAGUAUGAAGUUUGUGGGGUGGCCAGCGGGGGGAGGAAGGGCGCCGAGGCUGCUGGGAAAAAGAAGUGCUGGGAGGAGGUAACGGCAGGGAGAGUGGGAGCACCAAACAAACACCAAAGCCUGAGCAGAGGGAGGAUCAUGGGAGCCGCUUAUGGAAAGAAGAAGGCGUACAGCAUCGACCACGAGCCUCUGCCGAAAAAUGGGAAGCAGCCGAACAGCAGAGCGUCAGCAUACGCUGACCUACAGCAGCACCGCUCUGAAGGUGUCCACAGGAAGGCGUCCCCGGCGGCCGUUUACGUGCCCCAGCCGGAUUACCUGCAGGGGGACGAGGACGCCGACCUCAUCAAACCCAAGAAACUGCUGAAUCCCAUCAAAGCUUCAAAGAGUCACCAGGAGCUCCACCGCGAGCUGCUGAGCAGCUACAAACGAGCGGGGGUCAGUGUGGACAUGAAGCCCGAGCUGCAGCGGGUUCUGGAGUCCAGGAAGAGAGAUCAGCUGAUCAAACAGAGGAAGGAGGAAGACGAAGCUCGCAAGAAGAUUUCUCCUCUGGAGGCUGAGCUGCUCAAGAGACACAAGAAGCUGGAGGAGCUGGAGAAACAGCAGGAGCAGCAGCAGGAAGACCCGAAAGCUCCUGAGUUUGUCAAAGUCAAGGAGAACCUGAGGAGGACGUCCUUUCACAGCAAAGAGGAGAAGGAGGUGUAGAGACAGAGAUGCUGUCCUGCAGGGGACACAGACACAAACUGCCCACUUGGAGGACACGAGAGGAUGAGGAGGAGGAGACGGAGCUGCUGUGCUGCAGAGGACAGAGACAGACCCACUGCAAGGACACUGAGAGGAGACUGAUGCCGACAGCUGGACAGCACAGCUGUGACGUCUCUCGGCGGCUCGGUUCGAUGGGCGAGCGACUCAGCUGAGACCGCCUCCAUCGAAGAAACAGUUUCCCCCUGAGAACAGCAGGAGGCGCUGAUUCUGCUCCUUUGAACAUGCUGGUUUUCUUCUCCUGAAGGCGUGCCUGAAUCUCACCUGUGAGACUCUCACAGUUCAGUAACAGAUCGAGUACUCUGAUUACUUCCCCCUUUCUUUGAUCUUCAACAUGUUAAUCACAUAGAUUGAUGAAACACUGACAUUAUGACUACAGUCAUCAGUAUGUGUCGUUUUUAUGGCCGAUGUUAGAAAGCAGAGGCCGUCCUGUGGUUGGAGCGGGGAGUUCGGGGAACCUGCAGAACCAUCUUUGUGUUUGGGAGCAUUUUUACUGAGGAUUCAGCUUUUGCUGACUUUUGUUUGUACUUGUUGUGUUUGGUGUGUGCAGCCUGAGGCUGGAAUCAUUAAAGGACUGACCCUGCUGAGACCGUCUGAAUGCUCUGAGUACCA